UAACAAUCAUAGCAAAAUGUCAACCUAUAAAAUCUCUGCACGUUAUUCCGAUGGAAUUUCGCUGAAAGUGUUUACGAAUAUCGAUAAAACAAAAAUGAAGACAACCGAGCGGAACUGGAGUUUGUCCGUUAUUUAUAAACGGUUUAUCGAAAAAAAUAUUCAAACGCAUCAAAGACAUUUUGUUUUAUUCAACGACCGAAGAAGAACCGGUCAGAGGGAAGGUAGGGUGAUUCACCCCUUUUGCUGGUGCAUGCGUAUCGUCGUCGAGUUUCUAUAUGCCGUCGACUUUCCUUAGAAAAGUAUGAAGAGUUUCAAUGAAUUUCCGUGAGAAAUAUACAAGACACCGAUUAUUUGACGAAUCGAUUUUGCAAGGGGAACUUUUUCAUUUAAGCAUUAAACAGCGCUCGGAAUAAUAAAAAAGUCGAUCGAUAUCGUGCACGUACAAGAAACAUUUUACACGCAUGUUAAAUAUAAACUGCGUGUCAAGAUACAUGUAUCGUUUACAGAUAGGCUCACGAUGAUGUAUUUUCAUAUAUGAAUCUCAGUGUUACUGGGUUGAAUGUAGCAAAUGUAAGAACAAUAAUAAUAGCUAGACUAUAUAUAGCAACUAUGUAACCAGUAAAGAAGCGACUAUAAUAGUUACAAUGAUCAGUAGGGUAAUUGCAAUACUAAAUGCUAGAGAAAGUUUUAAGUUACACAAAUAGUAUAAUAUUAAAAAAAUUGUAUUGUGAUAUUUAUUAUGCAACAUUAUAUUAUACAAGAGAAAAGAAAACUGCACCAUUUUAAAUUACAAUACCAGCGAUACCAUAUAUUCUUCGUAGACGGAAAAUAAAGAAGAUGUGAAAUAAUCCAUAUUUCCCAUGUCCAUCAAGUCGUCGUGUCCGAGCAAUCCAUGAUGAAAAAAAAGGACAGCAGAUAGGAGGAAGAUGCAAUGAGGUUUUCUCUUUGAAUUAUUAAGAAAAUUUAUUAGUGAAAUGAAGAAAAGAGCUUUGUAACACAGUUUUGAUAGAUAUCGGAUUUCGAAUCAUGAAACAACUAAAUGGCUGCGAGUUGGACGAUUCUUUGAAGAAGCAAAAAGGAAGAACGAAGAAACAUAAAAUAUCUAUGAAAAUGUUUACUAAAACUUGUUGGCCAAAGGUGAUGAUCUCCAGAAACAAGUUCAUUUGUAAGAAAUCGAAAGAUGCAGCAGAGGGCACGUCCUUGUCGUAUCACGAGGAAUCCUCCGAAAAAUUAUCGGCUAAGGAAGAAGACUUGUGCUGCGAGGAAAAUGGCGAAAACUUCGAGGAAGAGCAGGGUGUUUGUUUGAUCAGCAGCUCCAGCGAGAUUCCCUGCGAAAGUUUACAGAAACUGAACGAAUCAAACGAGGAAUGUCGGUUAGUUUGCGCGACGGAGGAGACAUCCGGGUGUCGGGAACGACCGAUUUUCGUCGAUCUAACGACCGACGAAAGGAGUACAUGGAAACAAACGAUUUUUAAGCGAUUCGACGAAGAGCUGGAAAGCACAGAAAAUGAAAAAAUUAAUGGAAAACAAAAUCAUUCUGCGAAUGUUGUAUUAGAGCCUCGAAUUAUGAUAGCGGACAGUUCGAGCAAAUCAAACAUCAACGGAGGUGGAAGUUUAGCAACGGCUCUACGUGAUCGUGGCCCGUGUUUGAUACCGGUGCAACCUAAUCGUUCCUUACCGAUUCGCCCGGCACCUUGUGUACCCGCGAGGUCCCUACGCAAGGACUGUUCGCCGCCGUUGCUGGUUCUAUCGAAAUCCUCGUCUACGGACGUGGUCGAAGUGGAACCAGUGAGAUCGAUAAACGUGUCGUCGAACGAAGAGGCUGGCAGAAGAGAAUUCGAUGUGAAACAAGAACGCUCGAUGUUGAAGGAAUUAGCCAAUUUGGUGGACUGCGUUGUUCCUCGAGUUUCGAAAGUCGGAAGUUUGAGCGGCAAGAAGAAGAAAAUCGGCGAGGAGAUUUCGCGAGGGGAAAAUAGGAGAAAGAAGAAAUCGCAGGAAGCGGAUUCUACUCAAAGAGAGGAACGCGUGGAGGGUUCGAUAAAAGAAUUUUUAACAAACUUCUGUGGCUCGAACGUGAACGAAGAAGCAGGGAAUUCUUGUACCGACAGAUGCUUCAGGGUUGUGUCUUCCUCGAAAGAGGAGGGGGCUAAGGUGGUGCCUCCCUUGAGGCUGAAGAAGGUGAUUCGUACAGAAAUGGAAGGAUACACCUGUAGAAACGAUACCGGAUCAGGGCACGAGUCGAACUACAGAAUCGUGACGGGAACAACACCCAAACCCUCCUCCAGUCCCAUUCCAUCCAGCUGGAACGACAUGCUCUGUGAAAAAGACACGAAUUUUUCUCCUUUAAACACCGACAGCUACAAGCUAGAGUACAGACGAAAGAAACUGAAACAAAAGCUCCGAGAGCUACGUGGCAAAGCCGUAGAAUUGGCCAAACAAAUGGCGAGUGACUCCAGUUCACAGCAAAGUACCAGGCUAAGGCAGGUGAUGAAUCGGUACGAGAAGCAAAUUGAAAAUCUCUCCAAGUUGCAUAGCAAACUGUCCGCGUCCCUUCCAGUUCUUAGCGAGGUGAUCGACGUGAACGAGAACGCUGCAAAUCCUGACGACGAUAACGACGACGACGACGACGACGAGUAUCUCCUGAUGAAUUUCACUGAAACUAACGAGGAGUCAACGAAGAACAACUCUCCAGCUUCGUCACCGGAACCGCCGAAAUUGUCACCUCGAUCGCCCACCAACUACGAAAACACGUUACCCGAAGAAGCCAGGAACAGUCCUCCAAUUUUACCCAGGGUGAGCUUCAUCGUUUCGUCGAGUCAAGAGCCGGUCGAAGAAGAGCUUCAGAUCUCGGACAGAAAAUUAUGGUCAACAGAAGAGUCGCUUCGGAAUGUAAAUAAAAUCUCUUCAGAUUUUGAGGAAUGCGUAAGAACGAGUCCUCUGAAUCAACAGUGUAGUAUCGAUGAUGUUAACAAACAGUCUUCAAGUAAUCCUAAAAAGUUUCUCGAGGACGGUGGUGUUUGUCAGGAGAAGAAAGAUGAAAAAGGUAAGUUAGCGGAAAACUUUCCUCGGAAUAGUCCUGCGGUUCAAGAAACUGAGAAACUCAAGUGCCUUGGCUUCUCUAAAGCUGAACCAAUGAUCAGUACCGUGAUCAGUGAUAUGGAAACGACCACGGACAUUCAGGAAAACGAAAUGCUUGAUUUGAAGCCUGCAAGACAGCUUUCUUUGCAACCUAACUCCUUCGAGUCUGCUCCAGAGGAAGAUGUUUCGUUUCCCAAAAGUACUCAAAGCGUGUCAAAGGUUGCCUUCAAUUUGAAUCAGUGGAAUCAGUUUAACGCGACAAGAGCUGCGUCGAAUCAAGAACAUCUUACACCGCAACAAAAUUAUAAAGGAGAAGAAAUAGCAAGCAGUGAGAAUCAUUUGAUGACCGAACAAUUUCCCAGUCUUGGUAACUGGUUAACCCGGAUGUCCAAGAAACAAGCAUCGAAAAGUAAAUCAAAACUACAACCUACGGGAAAUAUUUCAUUUACGCCUACAGAAAAUUCUACUAGUAUUUCUGGAGCUGAAAUACAAAAGAUGGUUGCCCCCAAUACAGCUAACGAAUCGGUAAAUACAUCUCAGUACGGUACAGAAAGAUGGCAACACUAUCAUCAGCAACAGCAACGACAGCAACAAUUGCUGCAACAUGUCGCAGCAUCGGUGUCUCUUUCGCAACCAACUCCAGCAAUACCACCGCUACGUUCUGCUCUCUGUCCACCUAUUCCUAUGUCUCAGUUCUAUCCUAACAAUUAUGCUAUUGAUCCCUACAACAGUGCUACUUUGAGUUACCAUUCAGCCAUCUGUCCCUACGGCACUUAUCCGUACCAUUCUCGCUUACACUCAGCUCCUCUGCCAGGAUAUCACUUCCCAAUGCAAGAAUCGUUGCGACCACUGCUGCACUUGGACAAACGCUUGCCUUCUGUCCAAGACUCAAUGGCGAGAUAUCCUUCCCCAUCGACCACUUUGCAGCACCCCAUUAAUAUAGAUUUUGAUCGUAUAAGAGGAAGUGGGAACGUCGGCAACAAUGUUGCUACUGCAACCUGUUUACCAUCGUUAUUCACAUCACCGUCAUCUUUAUCCUCUUCUCACCAGACACGGACUCCUUUAGGUGGAUAUCCAGCGAAUAGCCAGUUUACUCGAAACAGAAUGAUCCCGGAUGUUGUUGCUGCAGCCGCGGCUGCUGCUGUUGUAGCAGCUGCUUCCAUCGACAGGCAACGCGACACGUUAACGUACAAUAGAAAUGAUAUCGGUAUCGAUGGAGAUGCAGCUAAUCCCAGUAAAACUAAUCGAACGCGAGACGAGAAUUUUGCUGAGGAAACUCGUGACAAUACCGCCAAGUAUCAACAGAUGCAAAAUUUCUUAUACGAUCGAUUAACGCUCGUUAAAACCGCCGAUAAUUUUGCGCAAACAAAUUCAUUGAUCGAUAAUAAUACUCAAGCAGCAAUGGCGAGCAUCGUUUCAACACCGUAUCAGGUGCCUUUAAGUUCAACACAGCCACCACUGUCGAAGAGCUUGCCAGCAAAUGAUCUCAGGAAUUGUGAUACACCGCAUCUCGGCAAAGUAAGUCGCAGCCCGAACAGUUUACACAAUCUUGUAUGUUCGAACUGCAGUAGCAUCGGGCCGAAAUUCAAGUGUCUUGGAUGCGAGAUGGCUUUUUAUUGCAAUGAAAGAUGUCAAGAGAAACACUGGUAUGUUCAUGUGCAAAAGUGCCCAAAGAAAAUGCCUAAAUUGAAAAAGGUUACAUAAAAUCUCGUGAAUAUACAGUAAUUCGCCACGACUUAUGAUUAAUAGAUUAAUACAUAUAACUUUAAACGCACCUCCGAGCACAAGUAAAACAUAUCUUUGUCGAUAUGGAUGCACACGAGUAAAUGUAUGCGAUGAAUGAUGUGAUAAUCUGUGCCUCAAUUUUCUAAAAUGUAUUGUAGUUUUAAUUUUUAGGUUUGCUAACAAAGAUAUAUAUAUAUUUAUUAAAAGUAUUUA